AUGGCAACCAAAAUUGCAAUAAAUUUACAAAUUCUACUCAUCAUCAUCGUCAUCGUGUUGAUCAUCAUCUAUUUUGAUGCAAGUGAUGCGAGGAAACGCGCAAAACGUCGGUCAGUAAACAAUGGUUCAUUUCACUUCUACAAAACAAGCUUAAGGUGGCCGAGGACCUAUUGCAACACUAAAUCAAGGAAAAGUUGUGAAACUCCGAUCGUAUCUCGUUUUCUUGUGCACGGCCUUUGGCCUGCUUACCUCAACCCUCAUGAAACCGUACCGCCUUUCAACAUCAGCGGAUGCACCACCACUCAACCCACCCCAAAAUACGUGGUUCCAAGCCAGGCUUCAUUUUUCGGAUCAAGAAUACAAGAUAAGAAAACCUAUUGGUCGGACCCUAUCGAGUACAGCAACAUGGAGACGAAUAUGAGAGCGUGGAAAUACCAGUGGGUGAAUCAUGGCAUGUGUUGGGCGUACCCAGUUGAACCACUCUUGUACUUCGAUGCACCAGUAGAUUAUAUUAAGAACCAUGACUUGCUCCAAAUCCUUGCUGCAGCAGGCCCUACUAUCAUUCCAGUCACUGAUCACAAGUAUGAUCGAGACCAUAUUGCUCAAACACUCAUUGAUGCAAUUGGAGGGAUUCCAGAGAUUGACUGCUACCAGAAUGACCUGUGGCAGAUCAGGGUCUGUUUUGAUAAAAGCAAUCAAGUGAUGAACUGCCCUAUCAAAUUCCAUACCGGAUGCAAUCAGGAUAUAGGAUUUCCUCCGGCAUAG